UUGGCACAGAUGUUCCUUUGUUUGGCGUGUGUUUAUAGUAUUUUUGACAUAUGGCACAAGAAAAGGAGUUUGUUUGGUGAUGAACCCGUAGAUGGGUAACAAAGCUUAUAUCGUGGCAAAUUCAUAUCCAGAGACAAAAACCAUGAUUUUAAUCCGUCACUGCUGAAGGAAACGCAUAUAUUUCAACCACAAGUCGGUGCUGGAAGAAUUACCACAAUGCUCUCAGUUUUUAAGAGAUUGGCUGGUAAGUCAGAGAAUGGGCCACCAAAUUGCCGACCCGGUCACCAAGCUAUGUCACAUAGCUUACAAAGGAAGUUUGCUAAAGGCGUGCAGUAUAAUAUGAAAAUCAUAAUCAAGGGUGACAGAAAUGUUGGCAAAACAUGCCUUUUCAAACGACUUCAAGGCCUUAAAUUUGUUGAGGAAUAUAUCCCUACAGAAGAAAUUCAGGUUGCUUGCAUUCAGUGGAGUUACAAAGCAACAGAUGAUGUUGUGAAAGUAGAAGUAUGGGAUGUUGUAGACAAAGGGAAAAAGAAGACUAGAUUUGAUGGUUUGAAAUUGGAUAAUGCUCAGUUAGAGGUUCCAGAAGAGCCUGCAUUAGAUGCAGAGUUUCUUGAUGUUUACAAAGGAACUAAUGGAGUGAUCAUGUUGAUGGAUAUAACAAAAAGUUGGACUUUUGAUUAUGUUCAGAGGGAGCUGCCUAAAGUGCCAAACCAUAUUCCUGUUCUGGUUUUAGCCAACCAUUGUGAUAUGGCUCAUCAUCGCACAGUCACGCCAGAUCAUAUAGCAUACUAUAUUGAAGAAUUUAAAAGGCCUGCUGGUUCAGCUCAAAUACGGUAUGCGGAGUCCUCUAUGAGAAAUGGAUUUGGCCUCAAACUACUACAUAAGUUCCUAAAUCUACCCUUUCUCCAGUUACAACAUGAAACAUUACUGGCCCAGCUUGCCACAAAUGAAGAAGAAACAAAACUAACCAGUCAGGAAUUAGAUUUAUUUCUUGAAAGUGAUGAAGCAGACUACAACAAGUUUUUAGAUAACCUUGUAAACAAGAGACGACAAGUAGCAGAUUCUGCGUCAUCUGUUCCCAUUCCUCAGACAACUCAACAGGUAUCACAACAGCCAACAGCCUCUACUGCUGAUACUCCAUCUGUGAAACGCAGUAAUUCUGUUCCUGUUCCUGUUGCUGUUCCUGUUCCUGUUGGAGGUGGCAUUCCUAUACCAGAUCAAACAGCUGGCUAUGUUUAUAAAAUGUUUGGGAAACCUAAAGAAACAACUGAAGAAUCUACUGGUGUGGAGAACAUCCAGCAACCUAGUUCAGAAGAAAAGAUUGAAACUCCCUCCAAAAAUCCUAGCACACCAGAAGUGAUAACAAGUGUUGAUGAGUUUGUGCCUGAUGGAGGACAGAUAGACAAUUCAUUUCUUGAAGACAGUCCUGUCACAUGUGCAUCUCCUGUACACAAGGAGGAAGAUACAGACAGUGAUGUGGACAAUACAAAUCCUCUUGUCACAAGGUUUCAAGAUGAACUUGACCCAGAAGAUGAGGUGACCAACAGCUUUAAUGCAAAAGAUGAUCAUUAUAUAAUUUCCUCCAAUAAAUUAUACAGUGACAAGCAGGACACAAUGGAUAACACAGAAUUUAACAUUAUGUCAGAGAAGUUUGAUUCGCUUUUAAACAUUGAGAAGAAGUCGCAAAGUAUGCAAGAAAGCAAAGAUGAAUUUGGCCUGGGUGCUCAGAACUGGAAGAUCAAUUCUAAUACUUAUUCAAAUAUAAAUUUACAUUUGCUAGGACCUUUACAGACACCUGACAGCUCCACAGCAUCCAGUCCUGUCACUAUGAAGGACCACAGAAGAGAGAAAGUUAAGGGUGAUGAAAAAAAUGUCAAAAAACACAAGAAAAAACUAAACAAGGAUAAAGAACAGAAUGAGGAUAAAAAGAAGAAAAAGAAAUCUAGUAGGAAGCCCCAUCUUCUUGAAAAUAACAGGGAUGAACUUGAAGAGUUCUUGAAUGGUACUGGUGUAAUACCAGUUGAUGCAGCGUAUGAGGCCAUCUAGCACUUGUCGUCUGUUAUCAGUGAACUACAGAGGAGAAUCUGAUGAGGAUCACCUUGCUACAGUGUCCCUGUCGUGGAUUGUUCUCUCUGUGGUAUGGGCCAACACAGCCCCAGAAACUGACUUACAAACUUACAAAGUGCUGAAAACAGUGACAGCAUGUUACUCAGGACAUUAUCAUCUUUCUUUUUUCUCCUUUUCCUGUUUUCCCAUCCUUCCUGCACCCGUCUCUCCCAAAUCAUUGUUUUGUUUACCUCUCCCCUCCCCCAUCAUACAUAUCUUGCUAUUCUUUUUGUGCCCUUCUACAUUCUUGUGCCCCAUCCUCCUCCUCCUCCUCCUCCUCCUUCUCCUCCUCCUCACUACCUUGACCUCCAGUGCCCUCCAUAGUGCCAAGUUGACUAGUGCCUGAGGUGUGGAAGUUGUUUGUUGCUUUCCUGCGGUGUUUGCUGGACCUUCCCUGCAGUGUUUGCUGGAUACUCCCCUUAACUAUGCCAUUGUAGGCAUCCCACUACACAUUUGUAAGUAGUAUUCUGUGAACACAGCAAAAACAGUGCGUUCCUACACACAUGCAGUUACUGGACUGGCCAUCUGUUGCCUUUGGUGAUUUGUGUCAUUGAUUAUGAGAUUGCUACCGCUUGCCUUCCAAAUGGUUGCAUUUGAACUUAUCUGCUCGCCCCAAUGGCAGAUAGUGCUAAGCAGUGUUAUGUCUCCUAUUUGACAUGGUCUAGCUAUACUAGCACUAAUUAAAGUUGUGCUGUGUUUGAGUGCUGAAGUGGGAACUGUGCAAAGGCUAGCACUGUACAGGGCCCUGCCCCACAGUCCCUGGAUCUCCAUUCACUUCUGAAUCUACCAGAAGUUGCCGUACUAAUAACUAGCAGAUUGUAUAUAAUUUUGUGUCAAAUAUAUAAAUGUUGAGUAUGCAGUGUGAUACCAUGUACAAUGUGUAUUUGAGUGAAAGAGUCAAUUACAUACAAAUUGUUGUUGUAUGUUCAUCAGUUUCAUUUGUUUACAAUUUUUAUACUGCUUACAUUUAGUCAAUAUCAUAUGUAAAUUUCAUAAUGUAGAUUGAAUGAAACAGAAGUGUGCUUCCCAAUAUUCAAUGUAUAACAUAUUUUUGAAAAUAAUGUUACAAUAAAAUUGUGAUUUUUAUGAA